UUGGCUGCGGCACUGCAGGUCCGCGCGCCGCUGCUCCGACUCCGCGUCUCGGGCGCAUCAUAAUGGGCGAGCAGGCAGUGCAACAUCUGGCACUGGCGUAGCGGUGACCGCACUUGCUAUCCAAGCCGCUUCUUUCCCUCUACACAUUCAGAGCAAUCGCCGUGACUUUUGUUAGCCGUCUGCCUAUAAGCAGGGGUGUCUACUUCCCCCGUCAUUGCUAAAUAAGUGCUUUAAUGCGGAGAUGGUGAGUGUGCCGAAUGGUAGUGCUCUGCAGAACCUGAAGCGGGUUCCUGGAGAACCGGGGGAAGACCACAAAUAUGAGGCAGCGGAGGUACCGGAUGCAAAUGGGAAGGACAAGUGCACCCAGAAUAUCGUCUGGAGAAACGUCGUGUGGAUGAGCCUUCUUCACGCCGGGGCUGUUUACUCCCUGUUUCUCAUCCCCAAGGCGCAUCCUUUUACCUGGAUAUGGUCCUACGUGUGUUUCCUGGUGACAGCUCUGGGGGUGACGGCUGGGGUCCACCGACUGUGGAGCCACAGGGCCUACAAAGCCAAGCUGCCCCUCCGGAUCUUCCUCGCCGCUGCUAACUCCAUGGCCUUUCAGAAUGACAUCUAUGAGUGGUCCCGGGAUCACCGGGUCCACCAUAAAUACUCAGAAACUGAUGCUGACCCACACAACGCCAAGCGGGGUUUCUUCUUCGCCCACGUGGGCUGGCUAUUCAUGCGGAAGCACCAUGACGUCAUCGAGAAGGGCAAGAGGCUGGACUUCAGUGAUCUCCUGGCCGACCCGGUGGUGGUGUUCCAGAGGAAGUACUACAAGAUUUCUGUUGUGCUAAUGUGCUUCAUAAUCCCCACACUGGUGCCAUGGUACUUUUGGGGUGAGACCUUGUGGAACUCGUAUUUCCUGUCCUCGAUCCUGCGUUACACCGUCUCCCUCAAUGUCGCCUGGCUGGUCAACAGUGCUGCCCACAUGUAUGGCAACCGGCCAUAUGACAGGACCAUCAGCCCCCGUGAAAACCGAUUUGUCGCUUUUGGGGCCAUUGGUGAGGGUUUCCACAACUUCCACCACACGUUCCCCUUCGACUACUCUACCAGCGAGUUUGGCCUGCGCCUCAACCCCACCACGUGCUUCAUUGACCUGAUGUGCUGGCUUGGCCUGGCCAGUGGUUGUAAGAAGACCUCACCUGAGAUGAUACAGGCUCGCAAGCUCAGGACAGGGGACAGCAGUGCCUGAGGACUCAUUGGCAGAAACCGGAGAUAGAUCACCAUUCAUACGGCUAGAAGGGAGGACCAUUACCAACCACAUUUUCAUGUUUUAAGAUUAAGCCUAAUGUUUUGAAACUAUCAUCAAGGGCGGGUAUAUUUCUUCAUUGUUUAGCCACCAUUUCACUUUGCUGAGAUUUUUCCACUUCUUAAACAGCAUGUUUUAUUUUCAGGUUUCUUGAUUGGAUUCUGAUAGCAGUAUGUAACGAGCAACUGAUCACAACAUUGGUUUUGUGUGUCAUUGCUGUCGGUCUUCACACUCCAAAACUACUGUGUUCAUGCUGAAAUGGAAAUCAUGUGUACAGCUGUUACUGCCUCAAAGUUGAGGUGUGUUUUUCCGGAAACAUCAGUACCAUCAGAUGUCUUUCAGAGUGCAGAGACACGUAAGCAGCUAUGUAAAAUUACCUUGUAUAAUCUGAAAGGCUGUGUGCCAUUAUAGUGGACCGAUACUAUUGCAUGUUCUAGAUUCCCGUUUGGUGCAGUGCUGCAGUGAUGCAGUGGUUUGUGCUGUUCCUCACGCCUCUCGGAUCAGGGUUUGAGUCUCUUCCAAUGAUUUUGCAUGUUCUCUCCAUUUUGUUGUGGGAUUCUCUCUGGUACUCCAGUUUCCUCCCACAGUCCAAAAACAUACAGAGGUUAAUUGGAGUUACCAAAUUGCCCAUAGAUGUGUGUGUGAGUGAAUGGUGUGUGAGUGUGCCCUGCGAUGGUUUGGUGUCCCAUCCUGGGUUUUUCGCUACCCUGUGCCUGUAGCUUCCAAGAUCGACUUUGGACCCCUCAUAACCCUGAAUAGGAUACAUAGUUACAGAAAAUGGAUGGAUGGAUGGAGAUAUCUAUCUCUCAACAACUGGAGAGACUGCUCUGUUGUUUCUGGUAGCUUAUUUUAUUUUGGAUGAUGAAUUGGGUGAAAUCUUAUGGUGACACCAUAGUUGUUACAGUAUGAUUAUGAGUUUCCAGUUAAAUUCCAUUUUAUGAUUGUCAGCUAAGUUAAUUAUUUUUCGUAAUUGAAAUCAAUAUUCAGCAACUAUAUUAGUUAAACCAUAUGUUUAUAAAGACUGAUAUUUAUUUUAGUUGAUAACUUAGUUUCCUGAAGGACAGACUACAUCCUUCACCACUUGGGAAAAAUUAUUUGCAUGCUUUGUUUGAUAAUUUUUUCCCAUCCUUUGCACUUUACCAUGUGACGGUUGUGCAGGUAUGGAGUUCCUGUGUUCUUCAUGGGAAAGUCUUAUGAAACUGUGCUGGUCUUAAAGUGUUUGCACUCAGCUUAUUCGUGGCUGUACCCUCCCCAUAGCGUCAGUGCCCGAAACCUGCUUUCUGUCAUUGCUGAAUGUUUAGAAGUUUGGGCUGAUGGUUGUGUUGUAAUAGCUGAACCUUUUUACUGGUAUGGUUUGAAUUCGAUAUUAAAAAAAAACAAUGAA